AUGAAGGAGGAGGUGGUGCCAGAGGGCAGCUGUGGCGUCACUCAGCAUCUGACGGGGUGUUACAAGCUUGGGGACUCCCUUGACUAUAGUUACGAGCUUGGGGACUCCCCUGACUAUAGUUACGAGCUUGGGGACUCUCCUGACUAUAGUUACGAGCUUGGAGACUCCUCUCACUAUAGUUACGAGCUUGGGGACUCUCCUGACUAUAGUUACGAGCUUGGGGACUCCUCUCACUAUAGUUACGAGCUUGGGGACUCCCCUGACUAUAGUUACGAGCUUGGGGACUCCUCUCACUAUAGUUACGAGCUUGGGGACUCUCCUGACUAUAGUUACGAGCUUGGGGACUCCUCUCACUAUAGUUACGAGCUUGGGGACUCCUCUCACUAUAGUUACGAGCUUGGGGACUCCUCUCACUAUAGUUACGAGCUUGGGGACUCCUCUCACUAUAGUUACGAGCUUGGGGACUCCUCUCACUAUAGUUACGAGCUUGGAGACUCCUCUCACUAUAGUUACGAGCUUGGGGACUCCUCUCACUAUAGUUACGAGCUUGGGGACUCCUCUCACUAUAGUUACGAGCUUGGGGACUCCCCUGACUAUAGUUACGAGCUUGGGGACUCUCCUGACUAUAGUUACGAGCUUGGGGACUCCUCUCACUAUAGUUACGAGCUUGGGGACUCCUCUCACUAUAGUUACGAGCUUGGGGACUCCUCUCACUAUAGUUACGAGCUUGGGGACUCUCCUGACUAUAGUUACGAGCUUGGGGACUCCCCUGACUGUAGUUACGAGCUUGGGGACUCCCCUGACUGUAGUUACGAGCUUGGGGACUCUCCUGACUAUAGUUACGAGCUUGGGGACUCCUCUCACUAUAGUUACGAGCUUGGGGACUCCUCUCACUAUAGUUACGAGCUUGGGGACUCCUCUCACUAUAGUUACGAGCUUGGGGACUCUCCUGACUAUAGUUACGAGCUUGGAGACUCCUCUCACUAUAGUUACGAGCUUGGGAGACUCUCCUGA